CUGUCAUUGCGCGGGAGGCAGCCAGAGCGAGAGAACCCCAGGAUUCGCACUCGCCGCCUGGAAGCCGGGUCGAGAGCGGCUCAGCCCUCGCCUCCUAGAAAUGAUGCCGGGCAAAACCAUGCGGAAAGCCGCCCCGACCAACCCAGCAGCCCCACUCCCUUCCUCGGAGGCAGAAUCUGAGGCAGUGGCAGAAUGCGCAUUGCAACUGUGCAAGAUCGGAGACAAAUGGAACCUCCGGCAGAGGAUCCUUAACCUAAUUUCAAAGCUCUUUUGUCCUGGAACAUGAAAGUGAACAAAAGGAAAUGAAAAUGAGCAAGGAGAAAAAAGAAAAAGGAUCCUUGGGAAGAUCUGAUUUUUUUUACAUAUUCCAUGAGAUGUUAAGAGGUGGAAUGUUUCUGGGCAUUUCUGCUGCCUAUUUCCUGUUGCCAAGGAAGGCUCCUGUAAUAUGAUUUCUUCAGAUAACAUUUCAGAAAGUUUGCUAGUGAAUGGAGAGAACUGGAAUUUACUGUUUACCAACGGCGUUGAACUGUGAAGGGCACUGGAAAAAGAAGGAAUCUGGGAGUGGCGAUCUCAUCCAGAGUUCAAUGUUCUCAUUGCCGAAGUUUUGGAAUCCACACAACUCAGCUGCUGUGCCAUGUUGAAACUUUAUGGAAUUUUGUGCAUUGCGAAGAGCAAAAAAACUUUUGUAACCUGGAUUAUCAUACUGAGUGCAGAUCAGUUCCUCAGCUCUUCCUAAUACUUAGAAUUUGGAAUCCCUGGAACAAGGAAUGUUUUGUUUAUCUAUUGUUUUACUGAAUGAAUGUAUGUUGCUACACAUUAAUAGGUUACUUUCCAAAGCAUUAAACUGAAAUGCUCUUAAGUGGCAGGGCUGACGCUACUCUAGCUGUAGUGCUAUUGUGCCAAUAUAUGCCCUGUGGGUAGGAAGUUACAUGGAUUUUUAUUGGAAUUGUAAUGGUUUAUUCUUUGGUGUUUAACCACCACUAAAUAUUCCAGAUGAAUGUUCAAAGCAUGCAAGAAGGUCUGCAUAGGUAAAAGCUUCCUUAGCAUUACAAAAUGAGUUGUUCAUUAUUGAUAUCAGAUAGAAUAUGAUUUUCUCCGUCAUGUAUAUCACAGAUAGCAGGUUUCCUAACAGUGUUACAAGUACUUGAGUGGGAUACGUUUUAGAAAGAAGGGAACAAAUUAAAACUUACAGCUCCCUGUAGGGAAAAAAAAUACACUUUUUUAACACUAGAAAAACAGCUGCAUUGUUACAAAUAUAUCAGCAAGAUGAAAUGUUACUGGCGAUUUAUAAAAAAAGAGGGGAGGUUAAAAUGGAGAACUUUGUUCUGAUGUAGAGAAGAGUGCAGGAUCAGAUGCAAGACAGGGGUAGCUGGUGGGCUCCAUGUCAGUUGGGCAGUGCAUUUGCUCUGGACUUCAGUCCAAACUUUAAAAUAACUAUCCAGGGUGUUGAACCCUACCUCCAGAAUGAACUCAUCACUUGGUAUAGUUUCUUUAUAAUGCUGAGGCUGAAGCUUGGUGUAGAUUCACCACACUCUUGGCAUAUGAGCCACUAGCCAUCACUUGGGUCUCCUUUUGCACCCAGUUUUUCCAUUCCAGCAAAAAAACUUGUCUACUCUGGCUAUGGAGGAAGUUGCAAAAAAAGGAUCAGCUGCCAGCACUGAAAUGCACUCAAAUUUUCUUAUGUUUCGGCACACCACAGAGCUAUAUUAUUCAGAACAAAUGGCCCAAUUGAGGUUUCUGAGUGGAUAUUAAAUAAAUAUCAAUAUUUAUUCUAUACCGGUCUUAACUGUAUUUUAUGUCAAAUUAAUGAAAGGUACAUUAGCCUUAAAUGAAGUCAACCGAAAGAUGCAUUUGGACUGGCUGAGGAACAGCAAUUUCUUCUGUCAACCAAAAUGCAAAGGUUCUUCAGUAAUAAUUUAAGAGGUUCAUUGCAGAGGUUCCCAAAAUUUGGUCCUCCAGGUAUUUUGGACUUCAACUCCCAGAAGCCCCAACAAGCUUGGCUAACAGUUAGGAAUUCUGAGAGCGGGAGCACAAAACAUCUGGAGUACCAUAGUUUGGGAUUCACUGGGUUAUUACAUCAAUGCAACUGUAUUUUGAAGCUAGGGAAAUUUUAAAGCCAGGCUUUGAUUUCCUCCCCUUUCAGCCUUUCACAGAAAUCUAAAUAACCAAAAUUGUUGAAGUCACCAAGAAGUUGGCCCUUGUGUUUCCUACAUCAUUUUGGUUAACUAAACUACCAUUUCAAAGUACUUUGAUUUGCCGACAGUGUUUUUAUUCGACUACACAUUACCAAAUUCUGGUCAACCUGUUCAAACAGAUACCUGCGGAAUUGUAAAGUGUCAUUUGAAGUGAGUGGUGUCCAGUUUAUUUAUAUUUCUUGUUUGUUUGUGGUGACUUUUUUUCACUGUAGAAUGUGUGGAUGAUGGCGUGGUGCACAGCAUAUUGUUUUGCCAAAUUUAUGUCUUUAUGACAGGAAGACUGUUUACAGCAGACGCUAGUUCAGUUCAGUAUUUAAGGGGUGUAUGAAGGCUCCAGUUCAUGUGCAUGAUUCUUUCAAACAGAUUUCCUUUGUUGCUUUUUACAAGGGUCUCCAUGUAUUUAGCUUUUGUCUUACAAAUGUUGUUGUCUAUUGUUUUGUUUUUGUAGUGCCACCUCAUUGAAUUAAUAAAGUUCAUGUGUUUACAAAAAAA